AUGUCGACUUGGGAGAGCACAGCCCGUGAUUUUCAGGAGAUGUGUGACUUCCCCAACUGUGUCGGUGCCAUAGAUGGCAAACAUGUAGCCGUUCAGAACCUUCCAAACGGAGGAUCAGAGUUCUUUAACUACAAGGGCUAUUACAGCAUCGUGCUACUAGCUGUCUGUGACGCAAGAUACAGGUUCUUGAAAGUGCACAUUGAGGAGCAGGGCCGAGGGAGUGACGGGGGCAUAUUCCGAAAUACGGACUUUGGAGCUCAGCUAGCCAGUAGAUGCCUGGAUAUUCCGCAACCAAAGAAACUGCAAAAGAGCUCGGUGCAUUUAGCGCAUGUAAUCGUGGGAGAUGAAGCAUUCCCACUUUUGCUGAACUUAAUGCGGCCAUACCCAGGGAAGCAGCUUAAUCUGAUUGAUUGA